GUCAGUCACCAUUUUAUGAUACCUUCAUGUGUAAAUUGUUCGCACAUUCAAACUUGUGGUAUUUUUAUUGUUUUCUUGUUGUUUAUCAAACUGUGGUUAAAGUGGUGCUGUAAUAUUCUCCGUCUCCUGAGCACGGAUUCAAUUUUCUAGUCGAUCUUUGCUAUGCAUGGUCCUAACUGGUGUCGUGAAGUCCGAACUUAGAGGACAACUCGAGUAAAUGCAAGUUACGCAGGCAGAUUCGGGUUCCCGCAAAAGACCAGGUGUGAACGAUACAUCUCCGCCUCAUUGUGAUAAAAUGAAAAAGUACAUUAGGUCUAAGAUAGAUCAUGAUGGAUCUACAAGUCGUGCAUCGCCACCUUCACCGUCUGAUAUAUAUGCUGCUAGCUAUGUGAUAAAGGAGAAAGUGAAACCUGAAGUGCAGCCUCCCUUGCCUCUAGAUCCACCACCACCUGAUGAACCAUUAAAUAUGGAUAUAGAAUUAAAAAAAGAAAUUGUAGACACAGAUUAUCAGAGCCCCGGCGAAGAGUCACCAGAUGCCUUAAGUCAAGAUGGUACUGAUUUAAAAUCCAAUGAUGAUGAUGACGAAGACUCUGAUAAACCAAAACCGAUGUGUCGAGAUUUUAUACGAGGAACAUGUAUACGACCGGGAACAUGCAAAUUUAGUCAUAAAUGUGAUAUAUCACAACUGUUUGGUGUUUAUACAUUUUGUAGAAACUACCAAAAUUACGUUUGUACUCGUCCUAACUGCAAGUAUGUGCAUGCAUCAGUGUUUGAAGAGCAGCACUUCUAUAGAACAGGGGAAUUGCCUUCGAAUGCUUUGGCUCAUCAUAAGAAACCCAUACUGCCUCCACCACCACCUCCACCUCAGGAAGCUCCACUGAAUAUUCCACCUGUAUUUAAGGUUCCACCACCUCCAUUACGCUUCAGAAAAAUCAGACCCCCUCUCCCUAUAAGUUGUAUUCCAACAAGCAAAUUGGAGGCUCGCCCAUUUCCGGAUAUGAGAGACAGUCCCAGCACAUCACCAUUGAAACGUGAAUGGCCGUGUAUUGAUAAUUUUCCAGGUUCGUCCCGAGAUGUUGGUCCUGAUUCAGAAAGUGAUAAAAAAAAAAGAUGCAGAAAUUGUAAAUAUAUAGAAUUGAGAUUCUUACAUGGAAGAGAAACACUGGUUCCGAAGAAUCUUUUAAGAGCUGAGUUAAUGAAAGAAAAGUGUGAAAAGUUGCAGAAGGCUACAUUAGAAAUGCAUAACCAAAUAGAUCUUCUAAAUAAAAGGCGCGAGAAACUGUAUUCGACAUUAAUGACAUUAUUCAAACCAACGUACCAAGCAAAACCUGCCGCUACCAGUGGACCGAUAUCGUCGCCGAAUUCAGGGGAAAGGCAAACGUGGUUACUGGAACAGAUGAGCAGUGCGAUCAAUUCCAACCUUAUUCCUGGAAUGCAGGAGGAUGCAAGUAGGCACAUAAUUAAUGGCAAUCCUGUUAUGUCAAGCUUGGUAGCUAAACUAUUGCAAGUAUAUAGGCAACAUAUGAUGACAGAUCCUUCGAGAAAAACAUAACGAAGGUUAUAUACGUGUAGUUUAGAUGAACUUAGAAAAUGUGAAUUUAGUCGACAUACAUUCAUAAUGCAGUGUACUUUUGUGCUUUAUAUGUCUGUAGUAUUAUGAUAUACAAUCAAACAUAUUGUACAUAACUAGUCUUUCCAACAACAUAGCACUGAUGAAAUUGUAAAUUACCUUAUCAAAAACACCAACAUUUUUUAUUAUCAAAUAGUUCUAAAUUUGUAUUUUUAAACUUUAACAGUAAAUUUUAACUGCAUAAGUAAACAUUGGUAUAUAUAAUUGACUAUGGCCUAGUCACCCUUAACUUAGGGCAGGCUCCGAGCCAUUCGGUGGGGACAUAUAGUGAGCUGAU